AUGCCGACAUACCUUCCGGUAUCACUGACCGCCAGGUAUCGUUCUAUCCUGGUCGCUGGCAUUGCCGUGGCCCUCCUCUUCUCCUUUUGGGCCUGGCAACGGCCAGCCACGGCCUCUAAUAACCCCAUCCAGCCGCCAGGAACCCCCAACGAUGACCAAUCCGCCCAUUCCUAUUAUGCCUCCGCGGUUGAGGUCGCCAAUUCUAUGCGGGCAAACCCUCUCGACAAAUCCGAGUUUGGGCAGAUGGGAAAGAGACUACAGGUAGUAAAAGAAUGGAUUCAAUAUAGUGAGACUACACCUUUGGCACCAAACGAGAGGGAAAACUGGUCCCAAUUGAUUGAAAGUGUGACCGCAAUGCUUGUUCCAUUUAUCCAACGGCCCGGAUCGCGCGACGGCAAGCCCGUAGAAAGAUUGCGCACCAGCUUUGUUCCGGGCUCCAAAGGUCUGGUCAUCACCACGGGAAAGAAACGUUUCCGCUAUGCGUGCCACCUCAUUACCAAUAUACGCCAGGUGUUGGGUUCUCAAUUGCCCAUUCAAAUUGCCUACUCUGGAGACGAAGACCUUCCCAAGAAUUUCCGAGAUUUUGUUACUUCUGUCGAACCGGAUGUGUCAACUUUUGACGUGACUUCUGUCUUCGAUGACCAGACGUUAGACCUACCCCACGGCGGGUGGGCUGUGAAAGCUUUCGCCAUACUGGGAAGUACGUUUGAGCAGGUGAUGCUGCUCGAUGCGGACGAUGUCUUCCUCCAACGACCAGAUGUCAUCUUUAAUGAGCAUCCAAAGUAUCUCGAAAGGGGCAAUCUUUUGUUCCACGACAGACUCCUCUGGCAGGGUGCUUUCAAGGAACGACAUGCGUGGUGGGAGAAAGAACUCGCCCAUACAGAGCUCAGCGAUACCAUCAGGCAGUCCAAAGUCUACAUGGAAGGUUAUGCAGAGGAGGGUGACUCCGGCGUUGUAGCGGUUGAUAAAUCUCGUUUGGAUGUCUUUAUUGGUCUGCUCCACAUUGGUUGGCAGAAUACGAAAGAGGUCCGCGACGCGUUUACCUAUAGACAGGGAUAUGGCGACAAGGAGAGUUGGUGGUUUGGUUUUGAACUCACUGGUACUCCUUAUUCCAUGGAACAACACUACGCAGCGAUCGCCGGCCAUGUCAAAAUAAAUAAAAAUGGUUCCCCUGAAAACAGGGUCUGCAGCUUCACCAUUGCUCAUGUCGACCACAAGACUAAGCUACUUUGGUUCAACGGUAGCCUCCUCAAGAACAAGGAAGUCGACUCGGUCGAUUUCGAUGUUGCCACAGAAUGGAUGAUUGACGGUACAUGGGAGAAAGGCGCCACCAAGCAGGACAUGAGUUGCAUGAGUGGUGCGCAGGUUCAACCCAUUGACGAGAAUACUGUCAAAAUCCUCCGGGACUCGGUUGAACUGGCCCAAAAGAUGGACGACAAUCUUCGCGAACAUAUUCCCGAGGCUGUUCCUUGA